AGAUUUCCUAAAUGUCCGCAAGCGGCCGCUGUCGAGGAAGCACGAGGAGACGCCAAACAUCCAGGCGGCCAAGCGACCAAGACACAGCGAGCUCAGCUAGUCGUGUUAGUUGUUGCCAAGAAGAAAUAAUGUGUUAUAGUUAACGUUUUUAUUAUGUCUCGAUUCAGUUAUUUUAACCCCGCUUUUAAUCAAUCAUGUUCAUUUGUUUGUACUCCUGCUUUGGAAGGUAGUUCCAAUAUUUCAGCAGGAGAACCUCUUAUUACCAAUCAAUUAUUAUUUUUCCUCUCUUGAGAUGACAAUCAACUGUUUUUCCUGUUUUAAAAUCAUGUGGCCAAUUUUUGGAUUUGGCUUAGCCCUCCUCCCAGCCGGCCUUGAGUGGCCGCCUUGGAGGACUUGGCUAGGCUGUCAGCUCGGGCAGGGCCGAGGCCCUCCCUCUGGCCAGCCUUGAUGAAGGCUGCCCUUGGGGACUGGCUGAGCCCCUGGCUGCGCUGCAAUAAGCCAAAGGAUGCGCUCAAACUUCAUGAUGAAUGUGUGUACUGCUUCUUGCUGAAUUGUUUUUAAAAGUUUGUGU